CCUUUACCUUGUGUUGCCAUUUACAAACGAUAUAAAAUGUUCCAAUUCUCAUAAUUUCGAGGUAGGGUGAAGUAGUAAAAUCCAAAAAAUGAAAUGAGACGUAUAAAUUAACGUUUACCCAUAACAUGCGCCAGCUUCUUACUGCGCAUGUAAUGCUAGUGCGCUUGCGCGGUAACGUCACUCAUGUGCCAAACCAAUUUAAUGUUUGUGUGGUUUGUAGGGUGAAUACGUUACAAACGUAAGUUAAUGAGCGUAAGUUUACGGUAGAAAAACCGACAAAACUUAGUCUAAUAUGACUAAAAACCCAUUGUUUGUAUACAAAAACACACAGCAUUUCAAGGCUUUACUAAAAUGCGACGAUAAAUAAUACCGUGGGGUAAGAUGAAGCACCCAACGCUCACGAACUGUUAGCACUGGAAUACCAUAUUUGUUUCAUCGUGAUUCAACAAUUAAAAACGUUUUUGUAUAAUCGCCGGGGCAACGGCGGGCAUCGGGGAGAUAAUUCUGUAACUCUUCCUUAAUUACUACCAAAUGGAACGAGAAAAAAGAAUAAUAAGAUGUCCCAUCUUGCCCUACAGUAAUUUAUAUCAAUAUCUUUACGAUUCCACGAACGAUAGUUACUGGCUAUAGCCGAACCCGGAACAAAAAUAAACACCGGCCACUGUUUUUGUUGAUGUUACGUAAAUAUCAAGGGGGUUUAAGCACGUUUAUUUACUGCAUAAAACAAACGGAUUUCAAACGUUUAUGUUUCGACGAAAAAAGUUUAUUUUGGAUGCGGAUUUGUGGUAAAAUAAUCGUGGCCGGGGCGUUGCUAGCGAAAAAAAGAACAUUUUUGCGGUUGUGGCAACCAUUGCUUUGCCCGGAAGCAACCACAGAAUGUCAGCCCGCUAAAAAUUUGCAUAAAUAUGAUAAACAUUAGCAGUGAUAAUGGUUGUGAUGUUUACUUCAGCCUAUUUGGUAGACGCAGUAUUAAACUGCACUGUAGCAAGAGAACAGUGGGCGAGGUCUUGAAAACAAACAAACGCACCUUCGAAAUAUGGGUGUGUGAACCAAACAUUCUUAAAUAUUUUUGCAACUAUCUGCUAAGGAAUGAAUAUAAAAGAUGGCUCAGAAAAGGCAACUUGGCAUUUUAUACCAUACUCGUGAACGAUGGACACCACAACAGCGAAUUCAGGAAUCAAUUUAUCAACGCCGCAAAGUUUUGCGCGUCUUCCGUUCACGAAAGAAUCCAUAGCAAUAACUGCUUCAAUUCUUAUCCCGUUGUCGAUUUUCGGAAUCGUGUCGAACGUUAUGACAAUAAUAGUGAUCGCAAAGUCAACCAAAUUAAAAUCAAUUUUUAACUGCUUGAUUUUGAGUCUUUGCGUAUCCGAUUUGAUUUCCGCUUUAAUCAGUCCUUUAUUUCUAUAUCGUCGUACCUGGGGGUUUGAAGGGUGGAAAAUUUCUACAGCCAUUUGCAAGGUAUAUUUCGGCACUGAACUAUUGACCUCUUACGUCACGACGCUUCACAUUUUUCUGUUUGCUGCUUUCCGGUUAAUCUCGAUUAGGGCGCCAACCCUGUACUACAAACUCAAAAUAAAGCACGUCAAGAUUAUCGUGGGCUUCGUGUGGUUUCUUUGUUUUGUGGUCGGUUUCAUUCCAUUCUCACUUAUGUUUCGCGCCAAGGACUCUAAAACUCCGAUGACUUCAAAAUGGCCUUCCUGUACUCUCUGCUUACAAUGGUUCAAGCCGUUCCGCUACUACACUGCCAUCGCUUACAGCAUUAUGUUUUACGUCCCGAUGCUGUUCGUAAUCGUUAUCUCAAUUUACAUCAUAUCCUUACUUUUUAAAAGAAGGUCAAGACGACAAACAAUUAUCAGCUUCCAAGCUGGUUCUACUGAUAAAUGCGACACAGCCGAAGCAAAACGACGCAAGAAAGAGAUGCAAGUAGUUCUACAACUUUCACUUAUAGUGGGUUCGUUCCUACUUGGCUACGUACCACAUACUGCUUACCACUUCUUCACUUCAAACACCACACUUAAACAAUCUUACAAAGCAAAGGUAUUUGAUUGGUGGUUCGCAAUGGCGCAACAUACUUGCUUAAGGGUUAGCGAAUGCCUUAACCCUGUGUUCUACAACCUUGCCUCGAGCAAAAUGCGGAAAGAGACCGUUUCGAUUUUCAAACGUAUGUGGAAAUCGAUACGAGGUAGAAACAUUUCCAACCCAACGCUCCAGAGCACUCGAUCAAGACGAAUAUCUCCAGUGACGUCACCAGAUGAAAUAAAACUUCCAAACCCCCGCGUGUUUGUUACGUAGAGAAUGCGUGACAGAGCUGUAUCUUAUUACCACGCAUUUUUUACAUUUUGUCUUUGAUUUUAACGUUCAAAAACAUUUUGCCGAAGCUGAAUUUAAUAGCUUUAUUGCAAUUAAACAUAACAAACAGA